UGGUACUGCAGUGUGUUUUGUGGUGUCGUCGGUGCUAUGAGAGAGUUUUUGGUGGUUUUAAGUGUGCUGUCUGUGGCGGUGGCCACCAAGUGUCCGUAUUCGGCAAUGGCACCCUUGUCCAGGUCCAAACGGAGUUCUUUUGACAUUCGUCCAGGAGUUAGUGACGGAAGUUUGGAUGCUUUGAUUAAAGACUUUAUGCCCAAGUACAAUGGCAAUAAUGUUCACAAUAGUUGGGCCGAGCCUUCUGGGUCGCAUCAACCUUUGAGGUGUGGACUUCCGCCUCGCAACUGCUUGAAUGAUACUCGAAACCUGCACUAUCGAAGCUUGGAUGGAUCCUGCAACAACCUCUUGUAUCCAGAGUUUGGAAUUGCCGUUUCACGCUAUCGAAGGCUUUUGCCUCCCCGCCAAGUCGAACAGGCUCCGAAUGCCCGUUUGAUCUCCUUGUCGAUGUACGGGGAGCAGACGAGGAACGAUAGAUUCCGCACCAUGGCGGCCAUGCAAUGGGGCCAGUUUGUUGCUCACGACAUCAGCCAAUUGAGCACACAGGGAGCUCCUCAAGAUUGCUGUGCCGAGCCACGUCAUCCUCGCUGUCUGCCAAUCAACCUGCCCCGUGGUGGACCCAUCGUCUACCAUACGGGGAAGACCUGUCUGCACUUUGCGCGCAGUGUGUCCGAUGCGGAUGCCGUAUGCCCAAAGAGUGAGCAACCCCAUCCCGAGAAGCUAACGGUGGCAACAGCUUACCUGGAUCUCUCCUCCAUCUAUGGGAACAAUCCCUCGCAAAACAGAAAGGUCCGAUUGUUCAAGGGCGGACUUCUAAGGACCAGCUACGUGAACGGACAACACUGGCUUCCAGUGAGCCAAAAUGAGAAUGGCGAGUGUGGUGCCAAGAGCGAGUGCUACAUCGUACCGGACACUCGGAAUCGCUUCACGCCCACAAUCGCGCUGCUGCAGACUCUGUUGGUCCGAGAGCACAAUCGUCUGGCCGAAAACUUAGCGCUGAUUAAUCCCGAUCAUGGUGACGAGCGCAUCUUCCAGGAGGCACGCAAGAUCAACAUUGCGCAGUUCCAGAAGAUCACAUACUAUGACUGGCUUCCACUGUUCGUUGGUCGCACUUACACAUACUUGAACGGUCUGAUCUAUCCAGUGGAGCCCACCGAGUACGUCAACGACUACGACGAGUCGGUUAAUCCUGCUGCCUAUGCAGAGUUUUCUGCUGCUGCCUUCCGAUACGCUCACACUCAAAUCCCCGGAUGGUUCUCAUUGGUCGCCCCCAAUCGGAGCGCUAAUGACACCAAGCGCCUGAGCGACUACCUCGACCGACCAGAGACUAUUCGUUUACUGGACACAUCCGACAACUUUGAUGCCUUGCUGAGAGGCUUGGCUACCCAGCUGCAUAAACGAUCGGAUGGGAAUAUCGAUCGGGAGAUCAAGCACUACUUCAACCGCAAGGAGUUCGAGGAGUAUGGAUCGGAUCUCAAGUCAAUAGAUAUUCAGAGGGCACGAGACUUCGGAUUGGCUUCUUACAACGAUGUGCGAGAGUUUUGUGGACUGCGACGAGCUGUCGAUUGGGCAGAUUUCGCCCACGAAAUUCCAGGAGAGAAAAUAUCACUGUUGCGUCGAUUGUACGCCACUCCGGAUGACGUGGAACUAGGCGUAGGCGGUACCCUCGAGUACCAUGUCCCAGAUGCUCUAUUCGGACCAACUUUAUUGUGUGUAAUCGGAAAACAGUUCCUUAACACGCGACGCGGCGAUAGGUUCUUCUUUGAGCGGGAGAACGCAGGAGGUUUUUCGCGCGCUCAACUGGCUGAGAUCCGGAAGGUGAGCCUGGCCAGCUUGUUCUGCAGCAAUGCCAACUACCUUCAUUUAAUCCAGCCAAACGUAUUUGUAUUUCCCAAUUCACAUAAUCUACUGCUCAACUGCAAUUUUAUUCCGCAAAUCGAUCUUAGCAAAUGGCAGGAUCUCAGGCCUCAGCUUGUUCACUAGUGCGCUCACUAGUAAAUGUAUCUGAAACUAAUUGGACUGCUCAAUUGGUUCUUUCAGAAGCAAACAUUUUUGUUUAGUUGAAUUUACAUCCUUUUUUGCAUUAACUAGUACAAUGCAACAAGGAUAUGGGUUUUGUUUUAAAAAGAUAUAACGACAUUUAAAAUAUUUAAAUUCGAUGUUUACGAAUAAGUUUUGGAGUAAUAAAAAGUAUUUUAUUAAAA